AUGUAAACUUUAGAGAAUGAUGAUACAUCAAAUGGAGGUGUAUUUACAUUUGGAUUUUGGACAUUUAAUAUACCAUUACUAAUUUAAACUGAUAAUCUAAAUAUUGGUGAAGAAUUUAAAAUUAAUGAACCAUAAACAGGAGAACUUCUUUUUUUAUUAAAAAAUACUGAAACUAAUGGCAAUUUAAUAGUUUGUUAUAAGUCUUUUGAUUAUGUAUAAUAAAAAGUGUAGCACAUUUUUCUCUUAGAAAAUGGGGUUGGUAAUUUUCAAUUCACAUUUGAUUUCAAUUCAUUACAGUAUGAAGGAAUCUGGAUUUUUCACUUAGUUGUAUUUGAGAAUUCAAAAAAAAAAAUGAUUGUGAAAGUAAAUUAAUAGGAUGCACAAUCAGCAUAAUUUAGUUUUUAAAAUCAAUUAAAUUUAGAAAUAAUAAUUGGAGGAAAAGGAUAUGUAAUUAUUUUAUAAAAUAUAGAUCUCAAAUUUAAACCUUAACUAUUUUAAAGGACUUUAAAGUAAAUUAAUAUUCAAACCUUCAAUUGACUAUUCAGAAAAUAUUUCUUAAGAUUUAAUGAAUGAAUGCUAAAUUCCUUAAAGAACAAGCCUUGAAUAAACCAUUUAAAUUGUACAAGGAUUAAAGUUAUUUGAAGGAAACCAAGUUCUAUAGAUGUUAGUAGAUUAAUAUGGAAAUAAAUACUGUAUAUAAGGAUGGGUUAAAUAUAUACUGACAAAUUUGAGUGAUCAAAAAUACACUUUAUUAAAAUUAAAGGGGAUUUCUAAUUUUGAAUAAGAGAAAACUCUCGGAGACGAAUUAUUAAAAGUUGAAGUAUUUAUCUCGUCUGAUACUCCAAAGGAAACAUAAAUAAUUGUAAAUGCUGAUGCAUAUGGUAUGCCAGUUUAAUAAUCAUUUCAAUCCCAAUAUGAUUUAUUUUUUUAAGGAUCACAACAUCCUGACUAUAAUGUAUUACAAACAAAAAAAUAUUAUUAAGAUCUCAACACUUAACUUUAUUAUGAAGGAUUAUAAUAAUGGCAUUUUAUUUAGUAUGAAUAUGGAAGAAGCAAUUUUGAUGAAAGAAUGUUAUUGAUUAUAAAAUUUUCAAAUGAAUUAGGACUAUUAAAAGACAAUUUAGGGAAUAAUAUUUUCAGUGGUACAUUUACAAAUUCUAAAUUUAAUCUAUUUUUUGGUGGUGAUAAUAUAAAUAAUAAUUUUUUGAAAGCUCAAAUAUAUAAUUUCAAGAUGUAGUACAAUUAUAAUUAAGAUAAACCAUUUAAUAUAGAUUGCCAUUACACAUGUUUGACUUGUUUCGGACCAUUAGAAUAAAAUUGUUUAUCUUGUGAUCCUAAUUCCAAUAGGUAUUAUUAAAAUGAGUUAAAAAUAUGCUAGUGUUUUUCAGGUUAUUUUGAAUAUGGAAGUCUUAAAUGCAAUAAUUAAUUUUAUUUUUCAAUAGUUCAAAAAGAGGUUGAAAUUGAUAUAGAAAUCUAAUGUCCUUUUGGAUAUUUUUAACUACCUUAUGAAAAAGGAAAUGGAUAUGAUUGUCUAGAAUGGUACGAUUUAUAUUUAAGUUAGUCCAUCUUUGAGGAGAACUUCUUCAAUUUAAUGUGUUGAUUGUUUGUUCUAUCCAAAAACAUGGUAUCUAAAACCUGUGUGUAAAGAAGAUUAUAAAUAGAAUUUUUUUAAAUAUGAUGAUGAAACUUUGGUCAUUAAAUAGAGGAUACCUGCAUAAAAUGAUGUUUAUCUAAUUGGAAAUAAUAAAUAGAUAAAUUAAUAUUCAGAAUAUGAAGAUUAUUGUUAAUAUUCUUUAGAGAAAAACAAUUACUGUCAUAAAGUAGCUCAUUUUCAUCUUGGAUCUUAACCUACCUUAAAAUGCAAAUAUAAUUAUUUAUAUGAUAUGGUUAAUUAAGUAUGCUUGAGAAGCAAUUUAAUAUGUAAAACAUAUGAUAUUUAGGGACAUUGUAUUGAUUGUCUAACAGGUAUGUACCUAGUUUGGUAUUAUUGUUAUUAAUGCCCGAAUACUUGUACUUUAUGUUAGAAUAAUGGAUUAAAUCAAGCAAUGUGUUUAGAAUGCAUUGAAUAAUAUACUAUUAAAAAUGGAGCUUGUUUUAAAUGUGGUAGCGAUUGUAAAAUUUGUAAAGAUAUUUAUGAUGAAAAUUUGGGAUAUAGUUAUCUAAAAUGUUUAAAAUGUAUUGAUGACUUUAAAUACUUAAUUUCUCUUGAUGGUAUUAAUUGCAUAUUAAAUGAUAUUCUUCAUUGUGAGCAUGCAUUUUAAACAUUAGAUAAAGAUUAUACUAUCAAUUCUUUAGAUAUCAAUUUCACACCAUAAUUGGAUUAAAGUAAAUUUACAUAACUAUGUGCCAAAUGUGAAUAAAAUUAUUUAUAUGUUUUUGAAAGUUAAUAAUGUGUUUANUUAAUAUAGAUUGCCAUUACACAUGUUUGACUUGUUUCGGACCAUUAGAAUAAAAUUGUUUAUCUUGUGAUCCUAAUUCCAAUAGGUAUUAUUAAAAUGAGUUAAAAAUAUGCUAGUGUUUUUCAGGUUAUUUUGAAUAUGGAAGUCUUAAAUGCAAUAAUUAAUUUUAUUUUUCAAUAGUUCAAAAAGAGGUUGAAAUUGAUAUAGAAAUCUAAUGUCCUUUUGGAUAUUUUUAACUACCUUAUGAAAAAGGAAAUGGAUAUGAUUGUCUAGAAUGGUACGAUUUAUAUUUAAGUUAGUCCAUCUUUGAGGAGAACUUCUUCAAUUUAAUGUGUUGAUUGUUUGUUCUAUCCAAAAACAUGGUAUCUAAAACCUGUGUGUAAAGAAGAUUAUAAAUAGAAUUUUUUUAAAUAUGAUGAUGAAACUUUGGUCAUUAAAUAGAGGAUACCUGCAUAAAAUGAUGUUUAUCUAAUUGGAAAUAAUAAAUAGAUAAAUUAAUAUUCAGAAUAUGAAGAUUAUUGUUAAUAUUCUUUAGAGAAAAACAAUUACUGUCAUAAAGUAGCUCAUUUUCAUCUUGGAUCUUAACCUACCUUAAAAUGCAAAUAUAAUUAUUUAUAUGAUAUGGUUAAUUAAGUAUGCUUGAGAAGCAAUUUAAUAUGUAAAACAUAUGAUAUUUAGGGACAUUGUAUUGAUUGUCUAACAGGUAUGUACCUAGUUUGGUAUUAUUGUUAUUAAUGCCCGAAUACUUGUACUUUAUGUUAGAAUAAUGGAUUAAAUCAAGCAAUGUGUUUAGAAUGCAUUGAAUAAUAUACUAUUAAAAAUGGAGCUUGUUUUAAAUGUGGUAGCGAUUGUAAAAUUUGUAAAGAUAUUUAUGAUGAAAAUUUGGGAUAUAGUUAUCUAAAAUGUUUAAAAUGUAUUGAUGACUUUAAAUACUUAAUUUCUCUUGAUGGUAUUAAUUGCAUAUUAAAUGAUAUUCUUCAUUGUGAGCAUGCAUUUUAAACAUUAGAUAAAGAUUAUACUAUCAAUUCUUUAGAUAUCAAUUUCACACCAUAAUUGGAUUAAAGUAAAUUUACAUAACUAUGUGCCAAAUGUGAAUAAAAUUAUUUAUAUGUUUUUGAAAGUUAAUAAUGUGUUUAAUAUGAUAAUACUGAAUAGUGUUAGAUUGGUAUUGGAUAAUAUAAAAAUAGUGAUUAAAUUUUAGAAUUGGUUUAAUGUUUAAAAUCAGAUAAAUAUGAAAAAGAAGUUGUUGAAUUUAUCGAAAAUUGUAGAUCAUAAGUAAAUUAUUGUAAAGUUUGUCUAGAAACAAAUAUUUAAAAUUAUUUUCAUUGUUUAGAAUGCGAAAAUGGAUAUUAUGCAGAACAAUUAUCCGGUUAGUGUGUAUAAUGUCCAAAUGAGCUUAAUUGCAUAUAAUGUUAUUAGGAAAAUUCUAUUUCCAAAGACUAUUGGAAAAAAGAUGUUAGAGCAUUUUAUAGAAAGUAUAUUGAAGUAACAAAUACUCAUUAAUAUAUUCUAAAUGCUCAGAGUUAAAAUAUAAAUGAUUAUGAGUUGGUUUGCGUAGUGUGCUAAUUUGGUUAUAGAGCAUAUUAAAAUAAAUGCAUUAAGUUUUGUUCAGAUUCAUGUGUAGAAUGCUUAUUCAAAGAUGAUUAAUAUCAUUGUGUUAGAUGCUUAAAUGAUUAAAAAGGAAGAAAACAAUCUAUUAAUAAUAAUGAAUGUAUUGAAUGCCCAGAAAAUUGUUAAUUAUGUCGGCCAAGGACUCCUUAAGAGAUUAAAGAAAUUAAUCCUUUAUUCAACAAUACAAAAUAUUAAAAAUAUUCUAAUCAAUGCAUUAAGAGCUAUGAGGAUUAAAAUUACUAUUAUGAUUAAGAUUUAGGAUUAUUUGUAGAAUGUAAAUAAACUCCAAAUAGACAUGGAUGUUUUAAAUAAUUAAUUAUUGAGUUAAAUUUAUAUUCGAAUUAAUUUAGUUAUUUUGAUGAUUUAAAUAGAUUAAAAGAUGAAGAGAGUAGAAUUGAAUUUAAAAAAAGAAAUACAUAUUUCAAAGACAUUAAUUCAUUUGAUUUUUUAUUUAUUGAAGUAUUUAUGUGAAUAUUGAUUUUAGUUUGAAAAUGAUGAAUUCUACACAUUAGCCAAUAUGAAAUAAAUUAAAUCUAUUAUUCUGAAAAUUGUUAGUGUGAGUAAAAUUCACACUAUAAUUACAGGUAUUCUAAGUUAAAAAUUUUGCAAUAACAUUUUUUCAGUCAUGUAAAUUAAUAUAUAUAUCAUAAAGAAAUGUUGAACUAAUAUUAGAUAUGCCCUAAGGAUCCAUAAUUACUAUAAAAGAAUUAUUAUAAUUUAGUAAUUUCAACAAAAUUACUUUAAUCAAUAUCAUUUUUGAUACAUGUGUUCCUUGUUAUUAAUAGAUUAAAAUUAUUUUUGAGAGUGUAUUCCCUUAAAUUAUAUCUUUUAAUUAAAUUACCAUUUAAUAAAUUUUAGAACCAUAUUAUUUUGAUUAUUUAACCAUUUAAUUUAAAAACAUAAAAUAACUGUUUGCAAAUGGACUUCAAUUUAUUUCAUUUGGUUAAAGAAAUAUUGAUUAAUUUUUUACAAUUUCAGGAUCUAAAACUAUCAAAUAAAUUAUUUUUAAAGAUUUAUAAAUUAAAAACUGCUAAUUUAUAAAUUCAAUUAUUUUUAGUUUAGAAUUGCAAGAAAACGAUUUAGUUGAGUUUGAUAAUGUUACUAUCCUAAAUUCGUAAUUCAAUAAUAUAACUUUUAUUUAAGUAGAAACUUUGAAUCCAGUAGGAUCCUUAGUAUUAAAAAAUAUAGAAAUAACAAGUAUAAUAUCAGAAAGCAACAAUUUUUUUUCAUUAUAAUCAUUUAAAGAAAUAGAAAUAACGAAUUUCAGUUUAAUUUAAUCUAUUAUAACUAAUUCAAAAAUCCUCAUUCUGACCAAUGAUGCUUUAUUAAAUAACCUAAUAUUUCUGAACAAUACUUUUAUUAAUAGAUGCUUUGGAAUUAUUAAUAUUAAUUAGUUGUCUCAUUUGGAUUAUGAUUAUUAAUUUAAUAAUAUUCAAUUUGUAAACAAUACUUAUAAUAAUAUUAUUAAAUUCAUAGAGUUUAAUAAAUAUUAGACUUUAAAAUAAAAAAUUACAAUUUAAGAAAUCAAUCUUAUUGAUAAUUAUUUGACAGAUGAACCAUUAGAAUAUAAUUAAUAACAAGAUGAUUCUUCUUUAGUAUUAAUUAAAUUUGAUGAGAUUUUGAUAAUUAAUUUUAUAAUAAAUCGAGGUUUUGGAUUAGUAGAAUUCUCAUUUUUAGAAUCAAAGGUGUUGUCAAUAAUUAAUGGAAAAAUAAUGCAAAAUAAAUUCUAAUUCUUAGGGUUGCAUAAGAAUUUAAAUUGUUAGUUGAAAUAAGUAAAAGGAUAAUUGUAUCCUUCUUCAAUAAAUAUUGGAUCCUUUUAGAAUGCUUCAUUUUUGAAUGUUACAAUAUUAUAAUCUUAAGCAUACAAUUUUCCAAUUAUAAAAAUUCAAUCAGCUCCAUUGAGUUAAAGAAAAAUCUUGGAAAAUCUUAUUUUUGUAAAUAUUAUGUUUUAAUCGAAUUUACUAUUAGUAUCUAAAGUUUAAUUGUCACCUUCAUUGAUAUAAAUAAAUUCUCUUUAAGAAACUUUGAUUGAAAUUAAAAAUUUAAUAUUUCAAUUAAAUGUUCUUAACGAAUAUAUUUAAGAUGAUUUAGAAAAAUAAACUGGUUUAUUAUUAAUUAAUUGUCCCAACUGUUAAAUUCUUCUCAUGAAUUCGAUAUUUGAUAAAAAUAUUUUAACAAAUAGUAGAGGAACUAUUUUAUCAAUAAUUACUAAAUCAUUAGAAGUAAAAAAUUGUAGUUUUGAAAAUAAUAAUGUCUUUAAUUAUGAUAUUAUUUAACCUUAUUUAAUAUGGGGAUUUUCUCAAUCUGUAACAUACAAAGCAAUCGAAAAAAUCUUUUAAAUAAAAUCUUUAUCUGGAAUAGGAUAAAUUUGGGUUUAAUCAUUGAAUAUAAUUGAUAGUAGUUUUUAAAAUUCAAUAGGAUAGUUUGGAGGCUGUUUCUCUAUAUUUGCUUAAGGAUCAUCUAGAAUAUUAAUUGAAAAUAAUUCAUUUUACAAUUUUUCUACUUAAUUUUAUUAAGAAAUUGAAUAAGGAGGAGUUAUUUAUAUCGAAGGAUCAUCUGCAACAGCUCUAGAAAUUGUUAUAAAAAAUAUCAAAGUUCAAAAUAUUUAUUGCCGAUAAUAUGGGGGAUUCCUUUAUCUUAAAUCUAAUAAUUCUUAAACUAAUCUUACAAUAAGUGAUAUUAUUUUAAGAGAUAUUUAUGCAUAAUAAGGAUCUAUUGUGUUUAUAUCUUAUUCGAGAUUAGUUUAAUAUCCAUAAACACUUUUCAUCUCAAAAUUAGAAAUUAAAAACUCUUAAUAGAGUUAUUUCAAAUUUUUAAAUAGAUUUACAACAGUUGUAAAUGAAUUUGAAAAAUAUUAUCUUAUUAAUAAUAGAUCAUUAAUUUUUGUAGAAUAUGGAUUAUCAAUUACAUUGUAAAAUAUUUCAUCGUAUUAUUUAAUUUAAGAAUCUUUUCUUAAUUUAUAAAAUACAAGACAUAUUUAUAUGGAUACAAUAAAUAUAUAAAAUAGUUAUCUAAGUAAUUAAUUAAUAUCAAUAAAUCCCUUUUCAUGUAUUUAUUAAAUUUUAAUUAAUAGUUAAUAAUGUUACAAUAAGAUUACGAAAUUUCAAGAUUGAGUUGAUUUCUGUAGGAUUUGAAUUUAUAAAUGUUACUUGUACGAAUCUAAUAUCUGAUGUAGAUGAUGUUUUCUAUGAUUGCCCAUAAGAUACUCAAACUGCCCCUAAUUUAUUAUAAUAGGAUAAUGAAAACAAUGAAUCAUUUGGAUAAUGUUUGUAUAUAAGUUUACAGAUACAAUUAGAUGCUUUUAAUUCAGGAUUGAUGAUUUUCAAAUAUUCUUCUCUUUAAUGUUAAUUAGAAAUGUAUGAAAUUCUUUUAAAAUAAAUAAUAUGUAAAGAAUGUAACUAAGGAUUGAUUUCUCUAUAACUUUAAGAUUAAAAUUAAUAACAAUCAAAAGUUUAAUAACUAAAUAAUAUAAAAGUACUAAAUUCAAGUUGUGGAUAAAAAGGGUGUAUUAUUGUUGAGAAAAUAUCAUUACUAAGUGGUAGAAAUUUGAAUGAAAUAUAGUUUAAGUUUCUAUAUGAUCUACAGAUUUCAAACUAUUAUUGUACUUAAAAUCUUGGUAGAGAUGGAACUUGUCUAUAUUUAAAUUAAAUUAAGACUUAAAUUCUAAUUUCAAAUUUUUAAUCAAAUAAUGCAUCAAAUAAUGGGGGUGCUUUGUAUAUUUUAGGAGAUGAACCUCUUUUAAUUGAAAAUUGUAUGAUUUCUGAUAAUAGAGCAAUUAUUGGAGGGGGAAUGUAUCUUUAAGAUCAAUUACCAAUGAAUUAUAUAAAAACUAAUACAAUGAUAGUAAAAAAUUAAGCAAUUUAAUAUGGUAAUAAUAUUGCUUCUAUUCCUGAAAGAUUAUCAAUUCGAUUAAAAGGUGAAUUACCUAUAUUAAAUACAAUUAGUAAUUUACAUAAUUCAACAAUGAGGAUUGAAGAAAUUAUGAUAUAACCAUACUAUCUUCUUAAUGGAGAAUAUUCUAAAUAUGUAAAAUUACCAACAGGAUAGUCAAUAUCAAAAUAUCAAUUUUUUGAUUGGAAGAAUUAAAUAUUCAUAAAUGGUAAUUUAAUAUUUCGUAUUUAAACACUAAGCAGAGAUAUGAAAAUUAAUCUUUAUCCUUCAAUUGAAACAUCAUUAUGCACUAUAUAAAGUAGAUAAUAUAAUAUUUCUAAAAAAGAUGAAGACUAAUUAUUCACUAAUAAUUAUACUAAUGUAAACUAAAUUAAAUUUAAUCCAGAUACUUAAGAUUAUAAUUUAGAUGAUUUAAUUGUGUAUUUUAAUAAUGAGGCAGAAGAUGAAAUUGUAUUACAACUUUAAUUUAGUUGUUAGGCUAUUUAAGUUCCAAUUUUUGGUUCAUAAUAUCCUUAUUUUGUUGAAAAUUAACAUGAAAAUUAUAAACUUAGAAUAAAUGUUAAGACUUUUGAAUGCUAAUUUGGAGAAAUCAAAAAUAUAACUAAUUUUUCUUGUGAAUAAUGUGAUUCAACUCAAGGACUCUUUUCAUUAACUUUAAAUGCUUAAAAGUGUGAUAUUAAGAAUGAUAUAUCUUCUAUUGCUGUUUACAAAAAUUAAAUAUAACUAAGAAGUGGAUAUUGGAGACCAUAUUUUCAUACAAAAUUAAUUAGUUAUUGUAUGAAUUUACCUUUGAAUUGUAAUGGUGGAUGGAAUGAAGGUGAUAAAUCUUGUUAUACUGGUCAUUUAGGAGCACUUUGUGAAUAAUGUGAUUUAUACAAUAUUAGAGGAGAAGGUUCAUUUUCUUUAAGUGAAAAAUAUAUCUGUGGAACAUGUUUGGAUAAAGGCAAAAAUAUUAUGAUGAUUGUUGGGGUCAUUAUCAUGACGAUGAUAUUUAUUUUUAUCUCAGUUUCUGGUAACAUCAAAACUGUUGAGUAACACACUCGUGCUUAGCCAUUCAAAAACAUGAGAAUCUCAAAUUAUUUAAAUAAAGCUCAAUCAGGCAUACUAAUAAAGAUGCUAACUAAUUAUCUCUAAAUCAUUGUUACCAUUACUACCUUUUAACUUAAUUUCCCUUAAGAAUUAAAUAGUACAAUAUCAGCAGUAGGAAAUCCUUUAUAAACAGUUACUCAUUCACUUGAUUGCUUUUUAGUAGAUUUAAUUAAUGUAGAAAUAUAAUAUAGUAGGAUGAUAUGGUAAAUCAUCAUGCCUUUUCUAUAUAUUAAUUUCUUUUUAGGGUUCUAUUUAAUAGUUGCUCAUUUUAAAUUAGCUUCUUAUAAUUCUAGUGUUCCAACUACAGCUUUGAUUUAUGGGUACCUUUAUUUCUCUCCUAAUUUAACAGAUGGCUUAGUUUAAUUAGUAUCCUAUAGAGAGAUUUCGGGAUUUAAAUGGAUUCAAGCUAAUGUAUCUGAAAGAUAUGAUACAAUUAUGCAUAUAAAAUGGAUGAUAUAUUUCUGCUUACCUUUUUUACUAACAUUAGGAAUCUUAAUUCCUAUCUAUUUAUUUUAUGGACUUUAUAAAUGCAGAAGAGUUUAAGAUCAAAAAACUACUAGACUUCAUUGGGGUUAUUUGUAUCAUGAAUACAAAGAAGAAGCAUACUUUUGGGAAUUGAUAAAGAUCUUUUAAAAAGAAUUAAUUAUCUUAUCUCUUAUAUAUUAUGAGGACAGCAUAGCAGUAAAAGGUAUUUUAGUAUUAUUCAUCACUUAUCUAUAUUAAGAACUAAAUAGUAAUUAUAGACCUUACAAAUUAAGUAGUCUUAAUAAUUUAGAUUAUUAUUCUGCAAAUAUAUGUAUGAUCACAAUCAGUCUAGCUAUUGGAGCAUAUUUAUCUUAAUCUUCAGUAUCUGAACUUUAAGCAUUAUUUUUUAUCAUGAUGGCUUUCUUUAAUUUUCUUUUCCUUUAUAAAAUAAUUACUAAAAUUAUAGCAGAAUAUUCAAAAGCUUAUUAAUUUGUAUUGGAUAAAUUAAAAGAAUUACUUAAAUCCAAAUUGCCAAUUUUGUAGAAUUCUAGAUAUUUUAAGAAUAUGCUAAAAAACAAAGCUUAAGAAAGACAAAGAGUUUAAAGAGCAUUUAAAAAAUUGAGAGUUUUUGGAAUUCCUUUGGCAAAACGAAUAAUCGAAAUAAAAAAUUAAUCAAUAGAAAAUUACAAAAGAUUUAAAAUAGGUGAAGUUAUAGAUUCUUAAGGACAUCUAAGAAUAGACACCAAAAUUGAUCUUCAAGAACCUGAUAGAGUGACUAUGCAAAGAUUUUUAUAGAGCAGUCAUUAUUGA